CGAGUUUCGGCGGAAGGCGCGGAAGAGAAGACAACAACGUGCGUGGUGCACACGGACGAGAAUGGGUGUGGUUUGUGGGGAGUGCGGGCGGCGGGAGCACGUGGAGUGGGUUGGCUCGUUCUGCAAUGACUGCUGGCAAGGGUACAUCGACACUGGGAUGAAGGAAGCCCUCGAACGGCCCCAACCGAACCCUGUGACGACGACGACAGCCUUGGAUGCAGCCUCCACAACAGCAGCAGCAGCAGCAGCAGCAGCCACAAGCAACACUGGUGCAGACACCAGCGACAGCACGGAUAGUGAUGGUGAUGGUGUUGAUGAGGGUAACAACAACAACAACGACAACAACAACGGCAGCAGCAUGGAUAGCAGCGGAGAUGACGACGAUGACGACGGCAGUGGCGAGAGCGGCCAAGAAGAAGAAGAGGAGGAAGAAGAAGAAGAAGAAGAAGAAGAGCAGGUGCGUGGGGUGUUCACAGAGAGCGGGGAGCUGUUUUUGGUGGAUGACCGAACAGGGACGGCGUACUUUGGGACGCGGGAUGAUGAGGGUCAGCUGGUGGAGGCUGGUGUGUGGAAGGCCGGGAAGUUGUUUGUGCCAGGCUUGGUUCCGGAGCGGCAGUGGCAGUGCGAGGACGCAGACCACUGCGAGACGCCCCUGGACGCCGUGCGAGACAUUGAGCCGAUUCUGGAGGAGCUGUGCCAGGCACUGGGCAAGGAGCGCGCGGCGCUGCGCAUCUACGACCCAUACUACUGUGCGGGCGGCAUUCGCGUGCACCUGGCGCGGCUCGGCUUCACGUCCGUGUACAACAAGCCAGAGGACUUUUACAGUGUUGCGGAGAAGAAGGCUGCCAGCCCGGACUUUGACGUGGUCGUCACCAACCCGCCGUACUCGUCCGUGCCGGUGAACCACGUGCUCAAGCUGGCCCGGUUCCUGUACAGCCAACCCAAGCCGUGGCUCGUGGUGCAGCCCAACUACGUGUACACGAAGGGGCCUUGGCACGCUCUUGUGCGCAAACAUCACCCGCAGCCGUUUUACGUGAUCCCGGGCACCCCGCGCGCGUACGUGUACCAGGCGCCAGCCACGAUGCGCGGUGACGUGCAGCGGAAGAAGCAGCUCAAGACCAGCCCCUUUGUCACGUUCUGGUUCUGCAACCUGCGCGAGCACCAGCAGCGGGUGUUUGAGAAGGUGCAGCAGGGCCUGCUGUCGUCGCGACCGCACGUGGGCGUGGCCGUCAAGUCGUUCUACUUGCCAGACAACUUCAAGGACGCAAAGGACAGCACGCGCAGACGAUCAGGCAAGACGAAGAAGGCGCCUCAAAGCGGGGCGAAUGUCAGUGGCAGUGGCAAUGGUGGUGGUGAGGGGAAGAAAGGGAACCGUGACUAUGACGCUGGAGAUGGUGGUGGCGUGAGCGGUGGAGAUGUUCAGGGCGGGGAGCCGAAGCAGAGCAAGAAGAAGAGCAAGAAGAAGAGCAAAGGCAAGGGGAGGCCGCAUGAGGGCGAGCAAACGAAGGCAGCUGAGAAGGGCCACACAAGCGGAAGUGAUGGCGAUGAUGCAAGUGCUCAACAGCAACAGCAGCAGCAGCAACAAGAGAAUGGGGCAACAAACGCUACGAAGAAGGCAAAGAUGACGAAGAAGAAGGAACGAUGGUGGCAGAAGCGCAUGCGGGAGAAGAAGAAGACGACGACCCAAGAUGAAACGGCAUCACGGAAGCGAGGUGGUGGUGACGGCGAUGGUGGUGCCGAUGGUGGCGCCGAUGAAGGUGGUGAGCAGGCAACAAAGAAGGCGAAGGUGAUGAUGGUGACACCAGCAGUGUGUGUGGAGGCGAGUGUCGGUGGGGACAGUCGUGGUGACGCCGCUGAGGGGAACGGGAAGGCUGCGAAGGGCAAGAGACGGAUCAGAAAGAAACAACAACAACAGCAGCAGAAGCAGACGAAGCAGCAGCAGCAGAAGAAGAAGAAGAAGAAGAUGCACACAAAGGACAAGCAAGGGGCUGAAGACAAGAAGACAGACGGAGAUAAGAUUGUUGGGGGUGGCAACAGCAAGGCAGCGGCAGCGGCGGCGACAACGGCGGCGGUGGCGGUAGAGACGAUGAUGACGACCAAGCAGAAGAAGAAGAAGAGUAAGAGCAAGAAGAAGAAGAAGGAUAAGAACAGCAGCAUGAGCAAGAAGGGCAAGAAGGCAGAUGCGAAGCACGAAGCAACCUGAAUGUGUGUGUGUGUGUGUGUGUGUGUGUGUGUGUCUGCCUGUCGACUUGUUUCUGUGUGUCUAUGCUCGCGUGUAGGGUCGAUGUACAUGAACGACAUGACGGUCAGGG